AUGUGGUUGAAUUUAAGGUUGCAAAGGUCCAGAAUGCAGGAGAUCCAUCAACUGUUACUGGGGCCACCAUAUUUUCAUCCGGCACAGAGGCAAAGGCAGGAAUUCAAGGAACGAAACGAUGGGACAAAGGAUUCACAGCCAGCGUCACCAAUAAUUGCUUCAUUCUGCAAAGCAGUAUUCAAAGCGAAACUUCAUGAAGGAAUUCUUGAUGGCCAAAACUUAGAAGUGUCAUUUGAUAACUUCCCAUAUUAUUUGAGUGAAAAUACAAAAAAUGUGCUGAUAGAAGCUUCAUUUAUUCACCUCAAGCACAAAAAGCAUGCCAAGUAUACUUCAGAGCUAACAUCUGUUAAUCCGAGGAUUUUACUCUCUGGUCCUGCAGGGUCUGAGAUAUAUCAGGAGAUGUUGACAAAGGCACUUGCUAAUUAUUUUGGGGCGAAAUUGCUCAUUUUUAGCAGUCAUGCUUUUUCGGGUGAUUUGUCUGCGGAGGAAACACAGCUGCUGAAGGAUGGAAUCAAUGCAGAAAAAUCAUGUAUCUACACCAAACAGAGCCCUGGACCGACUGAUUUGGCCGAGGGUUUGCCAACUGUUGAAGCAGUAACUUCAAGCCCUGUGGCCGCCCCUGCGUGUGUGCUGGAAUCUCAACCAAUGACAGAAGCUAUUACCAUGCCUUCCUCAUCUAGGACAUCUAAGAAUCAAAUGUUUAAUAUAGGUAUUUACAGUUUCUGAAAGACCUUUCACUUAAGGUUUUUGUGUUAUUAACAUUUUAUAAGUUUUUACUUUUCGACUAUUACCCUAACAUGGAACGUCCAGGUGAC